CGAAUCGAACCCGAGUCUCGAAAAUGGCCGUGAGACGAAUCGAAGCGAGAGCACGGCUCGGAAAGGUUGCGUGCCGCUUCUUCAGCGAUACCCCCGCUCAGCGAUGAAAUCGUGAGGGCAGCUGCAUCCGUCUCGCGUUCUCCGAGUGCUCGGCCCGUGUUCGUUCCUCCUCGAAGCAUGAAAGAGAAGCCCAACUCGACUCGGACCUAUGACGGGGACGGCUUUCGGCGACGUGCAGCCUGUCUGUGCGUACGGAAGGAUGAAAGCGAGGUCCUGCUUGUUUCGAGCAGCAGCGCUCCCGACCGGUGGAUCGUGCCGGGCGGUGGCCUGGAACCCAACGAGGAAGCCAGCACGGCGGCGAUGCGGGAGGUCAUGGAGGAGGGCGGCGUGCGUGGGCGUCUCGGACGAUGCCUGGGCACCUUCGAGGAAUGCGAGCAGAGGGUGUUGCUGAGAAGCAGUACCUUUGGCACGAAGGCCCCAGAUGAGAUGCAACUAAAUUCUGAGAGGAAACACCGCACAAUGGUAUUUAUUUUGGAAGUCACAGAGGAGCUUGAGGAAUGGGAGGACUCCAAGAACAUAGGUCGCAAGCGGAAGUGGUUUCCCAUUGACGAAGCGUUGCGUGUCCUUGCCGUUUCAAAGCCUGUACAGUGCAAUUAUGUUAAGCUGCUCAUGAAGAACGACAAGGUGCCAUGACCUUCAUGGCCGCCUUAGUGUUGUUUUUCUUUUUUUCUUUCCAACCAGUCUCCUUCACCAUACCUCGUCCCGUUAUCACUCGGGUUUUCUUUUUAUUUUUUUUUCCUCUGCCUAUCCGACAGUCAUCAUUACAUAGAGUAACCAUAAAAAACGAGGAUAAACAAACACACAGACUUCAAUAUGCGUGCUUAAUGAGUUUCUUUUUGAUCCUUUCAGUUAUUUUCGACAGAGCCUUGUUAAAUGUAUAGUUGAUGUGUUGCAUCCGUCAAGCCUGUUUGUGCCAUCUCAUUAGAACACAAUUGUUGUUUGCUUGUAAUGUAUUUAAAGCUUACGCAGCUGUUAUACUCUGAAGCACACAAAUCGAAGGAACCUGCUGGGGAGUGUUCAAGUUAACUACAGACUUUAGUAAGUUACUAAAGCUUGUACCCAAGCAAGCCAGUCGGUUCCAGUGUAGUGUUGGUGCCUCUGCGAUUUCAUUGCAGUGCCAUAGUCAAAUGCAAACUCGCACUAUUAGAAAAGACAAGUUUUUAUAGAGUUAGCUAGAGGAGUUUACGAUCUCUAAUGUAAAGAUAUGUCGAAAUUUCAAGAUAUCUACUCAGUGCAAAACACUUGGAUAGUUAUUUUCCUGCUUCAGCAAUGUUCCUUUUACAAACAAUGCCCAAUAAAUGUGUUGCUAUUUAAUUAAGCUUGAGUUUUCAGAUGAGUUAAUGCUUUGAAUCUUGGAAGUGCUAUGUCCUGACAAAGCUUACACCAAAUUCUUGUCGAACCAGUCGUGUGUGCUUAUCCCACACUGUCCCAGUUUUUUGCAAAAAAUCUCUCUUCCAUAGCAUAACGAGAAUCCAAAUUUUUUUGUCUUUCUUCUCUUGAGUAACUAAACCUCGUACAAUUCUACAUCCAUAAUUACAACCAUGAAAUCAUGUGUAAUGUGCGAGAUUAAAAGUUGGCCCUGAAGUACCGUAGCGUUGCAGUUUGAGGAACAGCCUUUUUGAGGAAAGUAAUUUAAAGCUCCCUCAUUUCGUGUCUGGCGCAAGUGGGCUCGACUGUAUUAGUCUGCAUUGCCAACAUGGAUUUCUGAUAUCCUGGCCAGGCUGUGGUGAUAUUCAGCUUCUUCACAUUUUCAGAAAUGUAAACGGUGUAAGUGGCAAGGGACAGUGGAGCAUGACAAGCAAUUACUGACUUGUGCAUUUUGUGAAUCUUGAAAGCAUGUAUUUCGAAAACAUGCAGACUGCCUGUAGCUCUGAAAGUUAUGCAUGCAUGCUGCAAACUGGAAUCACCUGGAAGUUUAGUAUAAUAAGGUCAAGAUGAUAAUAAUAUCACCUUCAGGCACAAAACAUGAUGCACUGUCUGCAAAUGCAUCAAUUCGCAUGGCAUGGUUCCAAGGCACUCAGUAUUACAUACUGGUAAAUGAAAUGAAGGAAUGUGUUGUUUUGUGAGAGUUUCAGUAAUUAAUGUUAAUUAGCAUGUAAUUGAGUAUUUAAUUGCUUUGAAAUCUGUCAUUUUCAAUACUUGCAUGAAAAUAAUUAUACAUUUGGCCCAAAAUGCACGGACAGUUUCUUUCGUAGUUGUACUUGUUUUGAGGGAAGAAAAAAUAUAUAUUCUCGCCAUUAAUCUUGGAACGCAGCACUUCAAGCGAUUGUCGGACAUGGUAGUGUCUGCACCCAAGUGAUCCUCUGCAGAAAUACGCAGCACAGUGAAGUUAAAGGAACAUUAGUUAUCCAUUGGGGAAGCCUGUGCAGACGUGCUUUCUGUGUUUCAAGUAAUUGGAAGGAACACUCAAUGCAUGGCGCUCCUCCGAAGUCAAUGUGUACAAUUGGCACUGAAGGCGCCAAUUGCACGGCAAUUACGUGCAUGGCACUUGAAGGUGAUAUACAAGGAACGAGUGACGUCAUUAGUGGUAAAAAUGCAGUUUUAUGUCCUUCAAAAAAGAACUUCUGCUGAGAGCCUGUGGUUGUUUGUCAUCUUACGUUGCCACUUGUUGUUUGUACCAUUUACUUUGCGAGAAGAUGUAUAAACUCGUAACUGCUAGCAACUCUACUGCGGCUUCUUCAUUGAUAUUGCACAGUCAUAAUCCAUGAUUGUUGUGUGUUAGCAUUACUGUUCCAUACACUGAAACACUUUUUCUGCGGGCUGUCGGGUUUGGCAUGGAGGAAAAAAAAAAGAAAACCUUCUUCUCUAUCUAAUGGGCACGAAUAGAGGAAUGGAGAGAGAAAAGCUUUUGUGCCUGUGAGUAUAUGUAUGCGUGUCUGUGUAAAGUGUGGCAAGUGAGAGAAACUGUUGAUUAUACUUAUUACGAAAAGAGCGGCGCACUAGAAUUGAGCGAUAGUUCGUAUUGUGGAAGGGGGGAAGGAUGAGGGCAGUUGUGAACAGAAUGAAAGCAAGAGCGUCUUGUUGAACUUGUUGCGGUGAAGGCCCAAUCGAAGUGAAGCCGUUGCUCGCAAGCGCCACAGCAUACAGUUCGUUCUUUUUUUGGGGGGGGGGGGGGACAAGAACUAUUGACCCCUUGUUUUUGUUUUUCAAUUUUUACUUUUAAUCGCGAACAUCAGCCACUUCGACUAGGCAGUACGUCAAAAUACGUCGUUUCAUACGUUGUUGUGUUCGAAAGAAACGCCGAUAGUGUGUUGUUACCUUGCUUUCUCGGAGGGCCUCUGUCAAGUGUAACAAAAGUUCUGUUCACUACCGGGAAUCGAGGAAUGACCAAAGGCACCUGCAAUGUCUUAAUGAAAUUAAUAUUCUUUAAGGACUGUACAUUACAAAUGCAAUGUGCAACAUUUACAAAAGAUUAGCGAUAUCUGACAUAAGCUUAGGUGCAAGUAGUAGCUUAAGAAGAUUUUGGCAUCGCGAUUUGCCGAUUUUCGAGGGCAUUCGUAAACACCCCGUAAUGUCCUUUUACAGAAAGCUGCCUUUUUUUGUACACAACUUGCCAUGUACAGUUUGCAUCAAAGAUGAGGACUGCUGUGAGAGCGGCAUUUUGCCUCCUCCAAUAGCGCGAUGUCAUAUAGUUAACGAUUGGUAGUUAACGAGUGAACAUUGCCACCACAGAGAUUUGAUUGGGCAUUGCGGAAAUGGUUGUUGUGGAGUGAAUGCUUUCGGACUGUCUGAAAAAUGUCCGUGACAUAUUUGUAUGUGUUUUUUUUCUGGGUUUGUAUGUGUGUGUGCAUUAGGAGACCUCCCCCUGCUUACUUUUAUUUUACUUUUUGUCAUGCCUCGAACAUUGCAAACGUUUGCCGUAGCCGGACAUAGGCACGCCUCCCCCGGAAACGAUCAUCGUUUUUACACGAGAAAAGUCGUUAUGUGUUGCCUACGCUUGUUUUUCGUGGAGCCGUGUUCUCUCCCAGCCAAACAAAUAAGAAAAUGUCUUAACGCCGUGCCGUGGCUGUUGGGCAUGGGAGCAAAAAAAUAUGACUCGAAACACAUUUGGGUUGAUAUCUCAUUAAACGGUUGAUUCGGUGA